CGGCCGAACCCCCCACCCGAUUGGAGCCCGUAGGCCGUAGCCACCACCAAGCACAAACCCUAGGAAAUCUACCCAGAAAUUUCACCCGAAUUGGGGUUGUAUCGUAGGGAGUAGUCGUCGCGGGGAUCGGGUCGGCGCGGAUCUGAGAGGAGCCAAGCAAAUCGUGAGAUCUGCGAAAGGGGGAGGAUUGGAGAGUUGGAUCCGGAGCGGUGGGAGUCUAUCUGAGGUGCGAAUCACGAAACGAGAGGGGAUAAGGUAGGCAUCUUAGAGUCGUGGGAUUCGCCUUGAUAAGUUGACAUUAGAAGGAGAAGGCUAACCAGGGCCGGAGCAACAGAUCCAGGAGAAGAGCAACAGGACUCAGGUCACCAAGAAUAGGAGAAGAGCAGAACAACUAACUACAAGAUGCCUGAAGUGAGGAAUGCCAGCAAGCCGGCGCUUGCCGACGGCUCUGGUGGUGGGUUCUUUAUCAGGAGGUUGGCAUCGCCAGGAGCUGUGGUGGUGAAGGGCGUCCUCAAGCCAUUGGCUCGACGGGCCCGGUCACCGUCUAACAACAAGGAGAAUGUGCCACCAGCGUGGGCUGUGACGGCUGCACCGAAGAGGAGGAGCCCCUUGCCUGACUGGUACCCGAGGACCCCACUCCGUGACAUCACAUCAAUCGUCAAGGCUGUUGAGAGGAGAAGACGCCUAAGUGAUGCUGCGGCUCGGCAGCAGAUCCAGUGGACUGAAGAUUCUUCACAAUCUGUGGAUCCUACAACUCGAGUACAAACAGAGCAGGGUGUUCCUCAAGGAACGCCAAUAACUCAGGAAACACUGGCUGCUGUCACCUCUGGUCCCGGCUCAACUCAAGUUGUUGCAAGCCCUGCAACUUCUUUGGCCGAGGACAAGCUGAAGCCAUCUUCCUCUCCAUCUGACUGCUCCUUGCAGACAGCUUCAUCCGAUCUCUUGGAGAAGAAACUGUCCAGUUCAAUAGAACAGAUUGAAAAGACCGUAAGAGGAAACCUGAAGGAAACUCCGAAGGCCGCUCAGCCUUCCAAGAGGGUCGUCCAGAGGCGCACCCUGAUGUCCAUGCGAUGAGCUGAAAGAACUCUGCUCUGGCCUGCAUGGUGCCCUCAUGUCUGCUGCUUUCUUAGCCGCUAGUCCUAACAACUCAUUGCAUCAGUUUUCUGUUGGGGGUAUGGGUGUUCCUGGUUCUCUGCUUGAGGACCUGGGGUAUGGGGAUACCUAGCUCUCUGCUCGAGGGCAUACAACUGUGUAUAGCUUCACUAUGUUUUUACCGUUACACGUUUUGUUUGUGAAAUCAGUAGUUCCUCUGUGUAAGUAAGACUUUGAAUCUUGGUGGUAUUUUGUAACCUGCUACAGAACAGAUUAGAACAGAUCUAAGAUGGGGUGAAACAAAUGUUGGCUCUGACUUUGGAGCUUGAAUACUGUUACAGUAGAGUAACAUAACAUC